UAUUGGUGUCUACUACGCUGAACAGAACAAGAGAAGAAACCGUCACCUGAGGUUGCUGGAAUGGGCAUUCAUACGUCAGCCACCACCAUGCAAGACCACCUUGCAGAUCGUCCAAAGUCGACCCAGCAAUUCAUCUCCUGCGCCCGACCAGUUCGAUAGUGUCUACUCGAAGCACACAAUCAAGCUUGAAUGCACACGUUGUUCCAAUGCAACUAUAUUACAUCAGAGCGCCUAUGACAACACUUGUUUCGAUUUCGAUUUACACUCACUUGUGGGGAUGGACCUGAUCUUCCAUAUCUUGUCCUCUCGCCCAGCACGAGACUUCCGCCGUCCACCUCAACUUCCCUCGCCUCAGCCCUCCCACCAGGCUCCGCAACCACAGCCCAUCCCCUACCCCACCUCUGCUUCCUCCCACUCUUCCUCUAGGCAAGGCCAGCCAGUGAUCCCGAACAAGGAGAAACCGCACAAGGCUCGGAAGUCGUUCUUUGCUGCUAUUCGCAAUAUUGGAAAC